UGUAUAAUACCAAACCGUGACCGGGAUAGUAGUCUAGUAACCGGGGGCAUUCCACCGGGCUGCAAGUGCUGGAGUACGCUACACAGCAGUCGUCUGUUUGUUGUUAGACUGUUUAGUUUGAAAGAAUGGACGUGGGCCCUUGGGCGUGAGCUAAAAAGGGCCCUAAACCUUAGCUUACGAAGUAUCAUUUUGGCGGUGAUGGUCAAAUAUCGACAUUGGACUUUUGGAUUUAUAUAUGCGCGUAAGGUUUGAUUUAUCAUGUUCUAUGAAAACCAAACGACCUGGUUUCUUCUCUCGCUGUCCAUCACCAUGACGAUGAUAGACUCCGUUUCAGCAGACUGGUCACAUUCUUGCUCCCUCUUCAAUCAUAGAAAAGGCGUCUGCGGAAGUCAACUUGACGAACUUCUAGAAUCCAUGUGCAUAUUUGGAUACAACUGGCAAGGCAGAAGGCGGCGCGAAGCCGAGCCAGAUACUUCUGGAAGUUUACAAAACAUACUGAUACCUCAAUCGGAAGCAAACUCUUAUCUUGGCCGCGAAAAACGUUCCGCGUUCAUGUUUCAAGGCAUCGUCUGCGAAUGUUGCAUCAACAGUUGUAGCGUAUCAGAAUUGAGGUCAUACUGUAGGAAUGAACCGGAUCACUUUUGGCUGUUUAAAAGAAGCAUAGACCGGCAGUUGACUAAACGAAAUCGACAGUAGAGGCAAAGGAGGAGAGAUUAGCGCUCAGUUUAUUAUUGUAUGUGAUUUAUUGUGCAUUAUUCUUUAAUUUUGCAUUAUUUCAUUGACAGCCGUUUAAUCUGUUUUUGACUGAUUUUCAGCAUUAAAUUAAUCAUGUUUU